CAUUUCAGAUGAAGAAUUUGAUGAUUCAGUGCUUUCUUCGGCGGCAAGCGAUCUCAUGGAGGAUGCUUCUUCUUCUUCUUCUUCUUCUUAUGAUCAUCUCCUUGAUUUGUCAUUGCUCAUGGCAAAUCUUCCUAUCAAGAGAGGGCUAUCCCAAUUCUUCCAAGGAAAAUCAGAGUCUUUCAGUUGUUUAUCCGAGGUUAGCUGCAUUGAAGACCUUGCGAAAAAGAACAACCUUUGCAGCAAGAGGAGUAAGUAUUGCAAGAGAAAUAACGAAGGAAUGCAUAUCAAUCAAAAAUCACAUUAUGCUCCAAAUAUUUGCAGCAGAAUCAUAUCAAAGAAACCUUUGAUGUAUUCUUCUAAUCCAAUGUUAGCAAGGAACAUAAGUAGUAAUCUUUUUUGCAGCAAUAAAUAUGCCUCAAUUUCAUUGAAAAAGAUGUAGAUUGAUUGAUUUACAAAUAUGAAAGAGAGAGAAAAAGAGAAAAGAGAG